AUGAGUCCCCCAAUUCCGCAUAACGACCGGGAUAGCGACAGCGACGACUCGAUGCCCGAAGAGCCCCUCGAUGUCACACGCGACGAUGGAUGGGAGGACGUAGAGCCUGAGGAAGAGAGCGAGCCUAUAGUAGGCCUGUUUACGGACAAGAUCUAUCCAGAUGUCCGCUCGAUGCUGGACGAGUGCAGAGAGAAGUUCGAUUUCGACCUUGUUCGCGUGCAGCGGAAGUUGGAGCUCGACUUCCUCGGGACUAUCAAGCUGGUCAACUAUAUUCGUUCAGAGGUGAAGAAUGGCAACACGAAGCCCGACGUCUCGAGCGCCGCCGCAUUCGAGGACGAGAAGUACCUAAAACCCGUCCUGGAGGAUGAUGCGCUGCUGUAUAGUUUAGAUGACAUUGCAGAUUCGGCAGCCGGAGAGCGACUUGAAGUUACAGACAAGCUCGAGAAGGCAACUGAUCCAGCCCGGAUAAAGGAUCUGGAGAACGAGCUCAAUAACCUCCGCGGCGAGUUUGCAGAGUAUAAGCAGAUGGUACAAAAGGCGUUGAACCAGUCCAUAGACGAUGAAGGUGAAAGUGGUAAGAAAGAGAAGGAUGCUUCGAGUUCACGACGGUUCGAGGAGGCAGAGAAGGGUUAUUUCACUUCUUAUUCUUACAACGCAAUCCACGAGUCAAUGAUCAAAGACUCUAUUCGAACAGACGCAUACCGUGAUUUCAUCUAUGACAACAAACACCUGUUCAAGGACAAAGUUGUUCUGGACGUCGGUUGUGGAACGGGUAUAUUAUCCAUGUUCUGCGCCAAAGCCGGCGCAAAGCAGGUCAUUGCGGUAGAUAAUUCAGAUAUCAUUGGCAAGGCGCGAGAGAUAGUAUAUGAGAAUGGAUUCGAUGGAGUCAUCACAUGUCUGCGUGGAAAAAUCGAAGAAGUCAUCCUCCCCGUGAAGCAGGUUGACAUCAUCGUCUCUGAAUGGAUGGGCUACUGCCUCCUCUUCGAAGCCAUGUUCGACUCUGUCCUCUGGGCCCGCGACCGUUACCUCGUGCCGGGCGGUCUCAUGGUUCCAUCCCACGCAACCAUACGCAUCGCCCCUGUUGCAUCCUCAGACAUAGUACAAGAACACAUCACUUUCUGGAAAUCGAUCUAUGGCUUCAACAUGACCAGCAUGCUCGAAGGCGUGCACGAUGAGGCUAUUGUCCGCUCCCUCAAUUCUUCCAUCAUGGCCGCAGAGUCAGAACUGUUUUUCUACAUGCCAUUGCACACAAUAACGGCCAAGGAGCUCGUAUUCACGAAGGAAUUCUCCGUCACACUCUCCCGCGACAUCGACUCGCUGGACGGUUGGGCCGUAUGGUUCGAUAUCAUCUUUAUGCCAUCAGCGGAUAGCAAACUUACCCCCGAAGAGGCGCUGCCGGAGUUAAUGAAGAAACGAGAUAUCGUGGCUUUCACGACCGGUCCCGGCGGGAAAGAGACGCAUUGGCAGCAGGGUCUAUUUUUGAUCGACCAGAAGGAAAACCCCACCGCCGCAAUGACGAAGGGACAGGUUGUUAACGGAUCAAUCGAGUAUCAGAAGAAGGAUGAGACGUCUCGAUUAUUGGAUAUUACCAUUGGAUGGAACGCGGAUGGAAAGGCUGGGAGCCAAAAAUGGUCUUUGGCGUAG